AUGCGCGUGCGAGGAGCCUCACCACUCCUUCUUCUCCUCGCCGCUCCGAGUCUGAUCGACGCCCUCGAACUCUUCUCCCGCGAUCCAAAUACUCUCACAUCUGGCCUACGGAAACGAGAAGCAGAACCGGAGCUACAGGAAACGACUGGCGCUACAAAGUUCGUCGCCGACCCAGCACCUGCGGCAGCAGAAGCAGCCAAACCUCGCGAGUCCACCACACGUGCCUACCGAGGCAAGGAGAAUGCGCCUGUAGAUGGCUAUGACGGCAAACCACAUCUCGGCCCAUUCGUGGACACGACACCUGAAGACACUGCGGCCGCUGCAGCGCCAGGGGUGAAGGCUACGACGGAGCAAGCGCCGAAGAACAGACCUGCGGAUUUGGACAAAUGGACACAGGCUGGCGCGCAGGAAUGGCGGUUGGAGGAGAUACCCGAGAAGAACGACGGGGUGAUGAACGACGAGACUCGAGUUGGGCCGAAGAAGGGGACAGAUGGUACGGCAGGCGGGAUAUCAGAGAAGGAGAAGGAGCGGCGGCUGAAGGGGACGGACAUGGUAGGCAACAAGCCGCAAGAGCCCAAGGAGGCCCCUCCACUACCACAUAGUGAGGAGGAGUAUAUUAAUGAGAAGGGUGGUAGCACAAAGGAGAAUGAUCGGAGUGGCACAAGAGUGGUGGACCAGCGGACGAAGGACGAUCCCAAAUACGGCGCUGGAGGCUACGGCAUCGACCUCCCAGAAAAUCUUCCCGACCGACCACAAACGAAGCAUGGCGUGCGAGCCGGCACCAACGAACCGCCUAUCGGCAACACAAACACGGGCACGGGAAAGGACAAAUGGCUCGUCGACACCAUGCCCUACACCGAAGGCCAGCGCCCCGCUCCACCUCCUCCCAAACCCGGCAGCCCCGCCUCUCCGAUCCCUACCUCCGGCGACUCCAGCUGGCACGAAUGGUUCCACUCCUUCGUCCUUUCCCUCACCAUGAUCCUCUUCUCCGAAAUCGGCGACAAGACCUUCCUCGUCGCCGCGCUCAUGGCCAUGCGGCACCCGCGCGUCCUCGUCUUCUCCUCCGCAUUCUCCGCCCUCAUCCUCAUGACCGUGCUCAGCGCCGUCCUCGGCCACGCCUUCCCCGCCCUCCUCCCCAAACGCCUCACCACCUUCGCAGCCGCAGUCCUCUUCCUCAUCUUCGGCGCCAAAUCCCUCCGCGAAGGCCUCGCUAUGGACCGCGACAUGGGCGUCGGCGACGAGAUGAAGGAAGUCGAAGCCGAGCUCGAGGAGAAAGAACACCGGAUGGCGCGCGCCCGCCGCUCCUCCUCCGCCGCAUCCCCCUACACCCUCGAAUCCGGGCGGAACCGCUCCGAGCCCUCGCCGCCUUCCUCCCGCUCCCCGUCGCCUUCGGAUCGGAAACGCGGCUCGGGGCUGGCGAAUCUGCUGGGUCUUGUACUGAGUCCGGCGUGGGUGCAGACGUUCGUGAUGACUUUUCUCGGCGAGUGGGGGGACAGGAGUCAGAUUGCCACGAUUGCGAUGGCGGCGGGGCAGGAUUAUUGGUGGGUCACGCUCGGGGCGGUGACGGGACAUGCUUGCUGUACGGGUUUGGCGGUUGUGGGGGGCAGGGCGUUGGCGGGGAGGGUUAGUAUGAGGGUUGUGACGAUCGGAGGUGCAGUGGCGUUUCUAGUGUUUGGGGUCAUCUAUUUGUUCGAGUGCUUGACGGAGGCGUAA